GGACUGCGGCAUUAAGAUAAUUGGACGUUGUUUUGCUAGUCAACGGAACUGCCAAAGAAGCUGCCAUGCAGCAGUUUAUAGCGCCUUUCUUCAUCGUUGCGGAUGAGUCUGUUCCGUGUCGCUUUUCUGUGCUCAUGCAGCUGUAAUUCUAUCCAGAGACGCUGCUUCCUUUAAUUUACUUAAUAGCGUUGGAAAGACGGUAGCGGAGAAGGCGGCAUGCGCACAGACAUAUGUGGACCAGACGUCCGGCUUUUUGGCGACCAUUGCCUCUUGCGAUAUGGGAACGAUUCUCCAGUCGGAUUUUUCUGGCAUGGCCAUUAAAGGAUGCUUGCUCUAAUCCGUCAACAAAUCAGUAUUGGCAGCGCAGCGACGGAAAUUACCAGUUUGACUUAAUGGACACAGGUUUCGAUGCCGACAACGAAGUCGGUGGUAUAAUUGCUCUGUCACGUUGCUCCACAAGAACUCUAUGGGCGGCACCCGGCUCAGGCGCAGCGGUGGCUGUUCUUCGACGACCCUUUAUCAUGCGAAGUUCCUAUGCUGUUUUCCGUGUAACGUUUUGGUUUCGGCUUUCAGAUUAUCCCACAAUCGGAUCCAGUGAACGGGAAGAUUUUGUUCUCAAGGUUUUCGUGCGCGGUACCAAUGAAUGGUCUCCAGAUGCGGCGAUUUGGGGCACAGCAGACGACUACAGCGGCGUUCAGCCUGAUCAGUGGCACUUUGGCCAAGCGGUUUUUAGCCGCGAUAGCUACAAGGAAUUCUCCGUCAACAUUUUAGCAAACCACAACGAUUACUGUCAGGCCAACGUGAAGACCAUUGCUCUGGACGCCAUCCAAACACAAGAAGAGGUAAGCGCACCUAAUUGACCAGGUAUGGGUGCUCCACCUGUCCACCACAAUUUCGACGUUUGCCUUAUUAAAUGCAGUCACGGCACCAGGCAAGACUCCGGCCCCACUGCAGUGCACCACAGUGACCACACUAAACGUUGGUUUCGUGUUUUCUAAACGGCACACCUGUUUUGAACAACUUAACGUGAUUGUUAAAC